AUGAGGAAACUUAAAGAAAUCAUAAUGCAAAAAAUGUUUUCACAAUACGAUGACCCAAAUUUGUGGAUUGAUAAGUAUGUGAAUAAUCCGUCUGUUUCUGAUGAUGAAUUAAAACAUUUGAGAGCAGUAAUGCAACGAGACUUAGCACUCAAAAAGGCGGACAGUGAGCGAAUACAUGAACUGGUUGGAAUGUUUCCUCCUAAACUACGACCUGAACUUCUACGCAGUAGCGUGAACCAGUUACGCAGUAAAAAUCCCGCUGUACCAGGAAGUGGUCUGACUGAAUCAAGUAAAUCAGAGAAUAGUGGAAAUUUUAGUGCGGUCGACGAAUCUCAAGGGGAAAUAGAUGUAUCCAUGGAAUAUAAUGUGCAAGGCAAUCAGCUAGCUAUAAUGCUUUGGGCUUUACGUAAUCUGACAAUUAGGAAGCGCAUACUUGGUAUCCUACAUAGUACAAUCCGCUUGCUUCCAGAGAAUACUAAGUAUGAUCUAAAAUUACCGCAUCCAGAAAAAAGAAACGGGUUGUAUUCAAACUAUCUUCGAAGUGUGUGUUUUCUUGUACAUACUAGUGAUUUAAACAAAAAGAUGGUCCUAAUUCAAAUUUGGUUCAAGAAGGGUAUCACGUCUAGGAAACUAAUUGGUGAAAGCUUUAUACCCGUUAAAGAGUAUAACAUGAUUUUGGGACAUAAACAAACAUUUCAUUUGUUUAAAGGAAAGGAUUCCAUAUCAAAUGUACCUUUAAACUCAACAUAUUAUGGUGAAAUAAAGGUUGCACUUCGUUUUGCCAUCUCUGUCAACCAAAAGCGAAUGGUUCGUAUAGCUGAAGAAGCCAUUGAUCUUUGUGGUACAUUAGAGGUGUGGAUUAAAGAAGGAAUGAAUUUAAUAUCACCAAUAUCGGGAAGAGAUGUGAAUUUAUUUGUAACUGUCUCAUUGACAGAUGGAAACGAAAACACGGAAUAUCGUAGCACAGACUGCGUACAACGAAGCGAUCAACCAUUUUGGAAUAGUAUACUGAGAUUCUCAAAUCAGCACUUAAGUGAUAUAUAUGAAAGCAAAUUGAAAAUAACUAUAUGGAAUCGUAUUAACAGUUUUAAACCGGCAGAGCAAUUAGGAGUUGUUAAAAUUUGCACUAAAGGUAGAGAGUAUGAUUUCAAAACUCUUCUAACUGCUGACGAUGAUGAAGGAGUUAGUCAGUGCAGUACAAAAAAAUCGAAUGCAUCACUAUGGGAAGCAGUGCAAUCUAAACCAGGUACAUGGGUAGAACAGAUUCUCAAAGUUCAUGCUCCAAUUUCAAAGUAAAAACUCAUGCACUCAGCAGAAAUUUCACCAAUCUAUCCUAUAUCAUUGGAUUCAAAUGACUUUUAUAUUCUUUACAAAUUUUUAUUCAUUUAAUAGAACGAGUAUAUAUUCUUGAAGACUGAAUUAUAGUUAAAUUCAUCAUCAAAAUAUUACAAAGUAGUUUGCUUAUUAUAUCUGUACACAUCAAAUAUUAAGAUUAACAAUAUUUUGUGAUACAUAAGUUCAAUAAAACAUUUC